UGAUAUUUAAUAUUUUAAUUCAUCAUUUUGUUAUAUAUAUAUAAUAAGUUUUCAUCUAGCAUAUUUAAAACAGUGUUGUUAACCAAUUAAGAAUGUACACAGUGACUAAGUCAUAAAGAGACAAUUUAAUUAUUAAUAGUUGAAGAAAAUAUAAUAUUCUAAGAAAUUAUAUAUAUAUUGAAGAAGAUUGUAAAUGACUCGAAGAUCAACAAUGAGUCCUCAAAAUUAUAAAAAUCAUAUCACAACAAAAGCUAUGGCAUCCAAUGGUUAUACUGAUACUGAGGCUCUUUCUAAGGAGUCCAAAAACCAUUCAUCACCUUGUGAGUCAUUCAAGUCAAUGCCAUGGUUUGGUAUGGAUAUAGGAGGUACAUUAUCUAAAUUAGUAUAUUUUGAACCUAAAGAUACUACAAGAGAUGAAGCAGAUGCAGAACUUGAGACUCUGAAAAAUAUUCGACGAUAUUUAACUAAAAAUUCAGCAUAUGGAAAAACAGGUCAUAGAGAUACACAUUUGCAAAUGGAUAAUGUUUGCAUUAGAGGUAGACGUGGUACAUUACAUUUUAUUAGAUUUCCUACAAGUGAAAUGGGAAAUUUUUUAGCAUUAGCAAGAUCUAAAGGUAUGGCAAAUCUUGUAACAACAGUUUGUGCUACAGGUGGUGGAGCAUAUAAAUUUGAAAAUAAUUUUAAACAAGAAGUAAAUAUGAAUUUAGCAAAAUUUGAUGAACUAGAUAGUUUAAUACGUGGUAUGCUUUAUAUUGAAACAACAAAUCCACAUGAAUGUUAUUAUUGGUCUCAUCCUACAGAUGAUAAUAAAUGUCAGAAAGUUCCCUAUGAUUUUUCUGAACCCUAUCCUUUUUUGCUUGUAAAUAUAGGAUCAGGAGUAAGCAUUUUAGCUGUUUAUGGACCAGAAAAUUAUAAAAGAAUAUCUGGCACUAGUCUAGGUGGAGGUACAUUUUUAGGAUUGUGUUGUUUAUUAACUGGAUGUAACACUUUUGAAGAAGCAAUAGAGUUAGCAACUGGAGGUGAUAAUACUAGAGUAGAUAAAUUAGUUAAAGAUAUUUAUGGUGGAGAUUAUGGACCUUUUGGUCUUCCUGGAGAUCUUGUUGCAAGCAGUUUUGGACAAAUGAAUUCUAAAGAGCGACGGAAUGCUGUUAGUAAACAAGAUCUUGCACGUGCAACACUUGUUACUAUUACAAACAAUAUUGGCUCUAUCGCUCGUAUGUGUGCUGUUAACGAAAAAAUUGAGAGAGUUGUAUUUGUAGGAAACUUUCUCAGAGUAAAUCCUAUAUCAAUGAAACUUCUGGCUUAUGCUAUGGAUUAUUGGUCUAAAGGAACUAUGAAAGCUCUAUUUCUAGAACAUGAGGGCUAUUUUGGUGCUGUAGGAUGUCUGCUUCAAUUUAAAGGUGAAACAAAAGUAUAGAAAGAAAUAAUACAUAAACAUAUAUAUCAUUCCAUUUGAUUCUCUAAUUCAAAUGAACCUUUUUCAUGAAAAUGAUUAUAUAAUUAUUUAACAUAAUUAUUUAUUUUCUUAUAUAAUAUUUAGUUUCUCAGGAAGUAUUUUAGUAAUGAUAUAAAUAUAAGAUCAGGAUUGUAUUACUUUUAAAUGUAAUUAUAUUUGUUAUAGUUUUAAUGAAUGAGCACAGUAUGAUAUUUUAAAACGCGUUACAUAAUUGCAUAAAACUGCAUAAAAACCUAAUGUGGGCACAAACCUUGCACGACUUUAUAUAGAAAAUUAUAAUGGACCAAGACUCAAACGCAUAAAUCCUACACAAUAUUCUUUAUAUCAGUAAAAUGAGUCUACC